CUCGGCUUGGUUUUUUGGCUCACAUGAUCGGGAAACGCGUUUCGCGGCAAAAAGGCUCUUGCAAUAAUAACGGGUUUCUCGGAUGCGACCCUCUCAGCUCGGAAGCUUUUCCAAAAUCUCGUGUCUGCAGAUGUCCAACACUAAAAAUCGUAUUGUUCCCAAAACAAUUGUAUUUAAACAAGAAUUACUUUUUACAUUUGUUGAGCAUUCAGCCUUGGUUUUGGGCAAAGAGUUUUAAUUAAACAAGUAUAAACUGCAGCCGGUUCGAAGCGGUUCAAGCCGCCUGGGUACAGGUACCUUACCUACAUCAACGACAACUAACUGAAAACAAAACAGAAAACAAAAAACACCUGCAAAUCAGCAUAAGCUCAAUUGUCGCCUAGUGAAGUGAACCGAAGUGAAGGUGUUAAAGCCCAUAGCGUACGAAGAAUAUCGAGUAUAAGAAGAGCUGAAACAAAACCAGGCCAGACAAGUGCCAUAAUUUCAGUAUCUAAAGGGCAAUGCAGCGACCCUCUCUCUUUGUAUCUGUCUAAACAUCUAAGUUUAUCUGGCUCGUGACAGUGACAUCAUUUCUUAUCUCCAAGAUCAGUGGGUUUAGUCUGAUUGUCAGUUAUACGGCUCCAACAAAGAACAUCCCGAAAAGUGCCCACUUAGUUCUAGACCACAACUCGAUACUAACAGAGCGAAUAAUUUCAGUUGGAUUUUCUUUGACAAUAUGGAAUCGUCGAAUAGGAACCACCUAAAUCCAGCCUUUGUGGGCGACGAUGGACGCAGUACGGCCAGUACAGUGGAGAUUUCGGCCAACAAUCCUGCCCUGCGAGAUAAUUCCGAUGACCAGGAGGCAGGGAAAUUGCCCGAGGAGCGUGCCACCUGGGGCAAGGGCGUGGAGUUCCUAAUGUCCUGCAUUGCCAUGUCCGUUGGCCUGGGAAACGUGUGGCGAUUCCCCUUCACUGCCCUCGAUAAUGGCGGUGGCGCCUUCCUUAUUCCAUAUCUCAUUGUCCUGUUCCUGAUUGGCAAACCGAUUUACUAUCUGGAAAUGGUAAUUGGCCAGUUUUCCAGUCGCGGCUCGGUAAAGGUAUUCGAUUUGUGCCCGGCCAUGAAAGGUGUCGGAAUCGGCCAGGUGAUAUCUAUAUCCAUGGUGACCACCUACUAUGUGGCCAUAAUGGGCAUAACCCUGCGCUAUCUGUACGAUUCGUUCCGGUCACCGUUGCCAUGGUCCGAGUGCCGGCCAGAGUGGCAGUCCUCCUGCGUGGCGUCCAGUCUGGGAAACACCUCCCAGUUGGUCAGCCCGGUGGACAUGGAAAAGUUGCUCCAGCAGCAGCCGGUGGCAUCCGCCGAGUUGUAUUUUCUUAAGGAAGUUCUGCACGAGAAACCAAAUAUCGAAGAUGGAAUUGGCCUACCCAACUGGGAGCUGGUCCUCGGGCUCUUCGUCGCCUGGGCCUGUGUCUUCUUUAUUAUCCGCCGCGGAGUUAAGAGUUCGGGAAAGGCAUCCUACUUCCUGGCCCUCUUCCCAUACGUCAUCAUGGGUGUGCUUUUGGUACGAGCUGUAACACUACCAGGUUCCAUAGAUGGCAUUUACUACUUUAUCAAGCCGCAAUGGGGAAAGAUCCUGGAUCCGAAGGUCUGGUACGCAGCUGUAACACAGUGCUUCUACUCCCUCUCCGUUUGUUUCGGAAACAUCAUCAUGUACUCCUCGUUUAACAAGUUCGGACAUAAUGUGCAUAGAGAUGCGGCAAUUGUUACCGGCUUGGACACUAUGACAUCUCUACUGGCGGGUUUUACGAUUUUCGGAAUCCUUGGACAUCUGGCCCAUGAGAUUGGAACUGAUGACAUUGGCUCUGUGGUUAAAGGAGGUGCUGGAUUGGCCUUCAUCUCUUACCCCGAUGCCAUUGCCAAGUUCAAGCAGUUGCCACAGAUCUUCUCCGUUCUAUUCUUCCUUAUGCUCUUCGUAUUGGGCAUUGGAUCCAAUAUUGCCAUGACCUCCUGCUCGGUGACCGCCAUUCGGGAUCGGUUUCCCAAUUUCAAGCAGUGGCAGUGUUCUCUGCUAAUAGCGGUAGUCAGCUUUAUCAUCGGACUGAUGUAUAUAACUCCGGGCGGCCAAUAUAUGCUUACUUUGGUGGACUUCUUCGGCGCCUCAAUGAUUGCUCUUGUGCUGGGAAUUGCUGAGCUCUACACGAUUGGUUGGAUUUAUGGCACAGAUCGCCUUUGCAAAGAUAUUGAGUUCAUGUUGGGUCGCAAAGUGGGUCUCUAUUGGAGACUCUGCUGGAGCAUCUUAACCCCGCUAAUCAUGACGGUUAUUUUGAUUUACUUUUAUGCAACAUAUGAACCCUUGACGUACAACAACAUUAUUUACCCAAACUGGGCAUACAGCAUUGGCUGGAUGAUAACAGCAUUUGGCAUUCUGCAACUGCCUCUUUGGAUGAUUGUUGCCAUUAUUCGAGAUCCAGGUCAAUCUCUGGGAGCCAAGAUCCGUGGGGCAUUUACGCCUAAGAAGAACUGGGGACCUACUGAUCCUCUGCUCCGAGAGCAAUAUCACAAGGAAAUUGAAAAUGAGUUGAUCCCGAAGAGGGGUCAGGGAGUUUGGGCUGCCAUCAAGCAAAACAUUUUCGGUUGAUCCAUUCCAAGUGGAUUCAAACUUACAACAACCGCUCAUGUAAAUAAUCUUAUAUAUUUUAAGUGAAAAGAAUUUAAACGAUCUUGUAUAAAUCUUAAGUCUGCCAAUAAACAUGAUAAGUCUUUAUUAAA